CGAGGGUGCCCCCUCCCUUCUCGUUUCUUCCUGUCCUGGUGGCCUGCCGCCCACCUCUCCUCUGAUCCUCUCCGCCAUUACCCUGCGCAUCUGGAGCUGCUGUUCUAAACCCCCAAACCCUAACGGCCUAGCCUCUGCGCCGCCGGCGCCGCCACCGCCGGAGCCGCAGCCAUGAACGCCUUCCGGUUCCUCGGGGACAUGACCCACCUCUUCUCGGUCCUCGUCCUCCUCCUCAAGAUCUACGCCACCAAGUCCUGCUCAGGGGUGUCGAGGAAGACGCAGGAGCUGUACAUGUUGGUGUUCGUCGCGAGGUACCUGGACCUCUUCACGGACUACGUCUCGCUCUACAACUCGGUGAUGAAGGUGGUGUUCAUCACCAGCUCGGCGGCGAUCGUGUGGUGCAUGCGCCGCCACCCGCAGGUGCGGAGGACGUACGACAAGGAGCAGGAUACCUUCCGCCAUGCGGUGCUCGUCGCCGCAUCAUUCCUGCUCGCGCUGAUGUUCCACGAGCGAUUCACCUUCCGCGAGAUAUGCUGGGCAUUUUCAAUCUAUCUCGAGGCAGUGGCCAUUCUCCCACAGUUAGUGUUGCUCCAGAGAAGCAGAAAUGUGGAUAACUUAACUGGACAAUAUGUUUUCUUCCUUGGGGCCUACCGUGCAUUUUACAUUCUAAACUGGAUUUACCGUUAUUUCACGGAGGGUCAUCACAGCAGAUGGAUCCCUUGGCUUGCUGGUUUGGUGCAGACAGCUCUGUAUGCAGAUUUCUUUUACUAUUAUUUCUUAAGUUGGAAGAACAAUGUUAAGCUCGAGUUGCCUGCAUGAGCAUGCUUCGCUGUGCCAGAAAGUGUGCAUGCUGCGUGACUCAAGUUUUCUAGAAAUUAGUUGAUUGUAUGGGCAUGGAGAGACUUGGUAAUGAUGUGAGCAGUUGCAGUUGAUACCAUACCCUUGAUCUUGCCUGCGAAAAUUGAUAUUUGUGUUUCCCAUGGCGAAGUCGAUACGAUUCCAAAGCUAACAGAUGCUGCUGCACAGAAGUAGACUAGUUCCUUUUUGUACCUCAAUAUUUUUGAUAUGGAAAAUCACAUACAGUUCAGUUGGUCUGUUGUUUAACAUGCUAUUUCACUUGUUGUGAACAAAAAAUGUUAUACUAAUUUCCUGUGUUAUUGUGAGUUCUUUUUAAAAUCAGUAUACUUUUAACUGUCGAAGACCUGAACUAUGCAGUUUUUAUGCCUUCUACUUUAGUGUAA